AUGCUGCGCCGCGCACUGGAACAGCUACGUGUGCACUCCCCCUGUCACUCAUUCUCAACCGCAUCCACUGCCGUCUCGGCUACAUGUCUACGUGAUAUCGCUCGCGCUGGUGCUCGUGUGGUGGAUCUACAGCUGCCCAAGUCUGGCGACUUAGUGUGUCGCCAACUAAUGUGCGAACACGUUGGUGACGCCUGUGCCUGUCGUUUGGCACUGGCACUGGAGCGUGUACCACGUCUGCAGCGUCUCGAUCUGUCCAACAACCAACUGCGCGCUCUACCGGACGCUGUGUACGCGCUGCAAUCCCUAGCGACGCUCGACGUGCAGCACAACCGGCUGACGUUGCUGUCCACAGACGUUCAGAAGCUCACACAGCUCAAGAUACUAGACGUUAGACACAACCAAUUGAAGACUCUACCAGUGCAGCAGCUAGAAGCGUUAUCAAAGCUCCAGACGCUGCGAGUAGCCGGCAAUACCGAGUUGCUACAAUCAUUGGAAGACGGACAGCUCUCCAUGUCGGACGAGUUAAGGAACAAGAUCGUGCUGGAGUAG